AUGUCCGGCGCUCGGUCGUCUGGAAAGGGCGCAGUACCUGUGCAAACUCGCGAACAUGAAGGGCCAGGGACAACAGACGUUUUCUCGGACACCGAGACGAACGCGACGCGGAGCGACGAGAGACAACUGCAGCUAUUCGGGGGCCUUGAUAUGCGACGGCACCACAGUUGCGUGGCUGUCGUAGGCGGCGUACCGCUAUGGUUGUCGAUACCGUCGUUGUCGUUGUGGCGAGUUGAGGUUGCGGUUUGA